CACAGAAGAGGUUUUAACUUUCCGAACGUGACAACAUUUCAGUCGACUCUCAAGGUAAACGCUGUAUUGUGGGGGGAGACCUUCAUAUUUAUAGAGGAGAAAGAUAACGAGUCGUGUUUGACGGCGGCGUUUUUGCCGAGCGGAGACCUGUUCAGCCAGAAAUUAUUAAAAUGAGAAAGUCUGAGAAAUGUCUUUUUCCCUGGGCGACACCUUCAGAAUCCCAGCCAUAAUGUACAGGCGGGAACAAGCGAGUGUUUGCAUCCUCCAAACAAUAUUUGGAUUGUCAAGAACUCAAAGAUCUCAGAGUGCUGAAUGGCAUUAAAACCUUGACUGACAUCAACACACUCCAUUGAGCAGCACGUCCCGUCUUAUUUCACCUGUCACUUUCCUUACAAGAGCUCACGUCCCUGAGAAGCUCCACCCGCUCACCUUUUGACCCCUGUUGCUAUGGAGAAUCUCAGUGAGCUCCAGAACCCGUUGUUGGACAAAAACAGUAAGCACAUGGUCAACGGUUAUGGGGGCGACUUCCCUAAUAACCAGUACCAGGAAAACAUUAUUAACUACUUUGCUGGAGGUGGAGGAGAGGGAGGAGGAGGAGGAGGAAAGGUGAAUAACGGCAACGUAGUGAGCGGCGGUAGUUACAAUACCAACGGGAAGAUGAAAUCUCAGCAGCUUUUGGACGCCACCUCGCUGCAUCUGGCGGUAGAGGCGUUCUACAGGCCCAACUUCAUCCUGUACAAGGAGGACAGUGGCAGCAUCAAGACUAAGGAAUACAAAAGCGAGUGCUGUGAGACCACAUUCACAGAGAAGAAAGCGAAGGAGGCGUCUAACACAGCGGGGGCGGACACGCCUGGCACUGAGGAUCCCCAGGCGAAGCUGCUGGAAGACGGCGAAAACAUCAAGAUCCAAACGGUUUCCUAUGAGGUGGAGGAGGAGGAGUACGUGGAGUACGAGACGGACUGUUCCAGCGACAGCGAGAGCGAGGACAACUUCAUUGUCGUCCCUCCACGAGACCACCUGGGCCUGGCCAUCUUCUCCAUGCUCUGCUGUUUCUGGCCUCUGGGGAUCGCAGCGUUUUACUUCUCACAGGGGACCACCAAGGCAGUGAACAAAGGUGACUUCCCACUGGCUAACAUCGCCUCCAGACGCGCUUUGUUCCUCGCUGCCCUCUCUAUCACUAUAGGCACCGGUGUGUAUGUGGGGGUGGUGGUUGCCCUCAUUGCCUACCUUUCUAAACCAGGACACAUAUAGCAGUCACACCUUCCCUCCAACACACCUCCAGGGAGCCCAGGAAGAGAACAACCCCCUCAUGGGAAUGCCAUUGCUCCUGCAGACUUCGUGGAAAAGUUUUUUGGGGAUGUACAGUUUUUCCCUCCGCCUUCCCUUCUUUCCAUCUUUCUCUCCCUACAGGCCUUCUGUCAGCCAAGAUUAGCCAUGGUGACUGGAGAGAGGUCAAGCUGGAGGGUGAGAAGAGGGGGAAUUGGGGAUAGACAACUUUUUUUUUUGAGCGUGUUUGAGUAAUGGAAAUAUUCCAUGUUGGAGUCCAGUUUCCAUCCCAUUGACUUAAACCCCUGUUGGCUUCAUCCUCUUUUGGCUGGUUUUUAACUUCCAAGAUCCCUACGGACAUAUCAAGAAGAAAAUACUGGGAGGUUAACGCUGCACACUUAAGCAAUUAUUUAAGAGCAGAGUUUGAGGAGGGUUAAAAAUCAACACAAAAUCACUCCUAAACCAACUUUAUGUCGUUGUUAUUUGAACUGGAGUUUAGAAUUGGAGCCUCUCUGUGGAGUCCCGUCUCCUGUCAUUUCAGUUUGCCUCCCAGGGCUGUCCAUAAUAGACCGUGAGCUGCCCUUAUCGACUCAAAGGUACCAAGGCUGCGUAGGUCUCUUGGCUGAUUGCCUCACAGUAGAUGACCAUACUCACAUUUUCUUGAAUCAUGAUAAAGGAGGGCUUUCAUUUCCGGAGAAACUUCAGAAAAAAAUACAAAACUACUGAUUAUAGGCCUAAUUUCAAUCAAAGAAGAAUAAAGCUCUGAGAGAAAAAAAAGAGAUCAAACAUGAUCAGAGGCUGUUUCUGUCUCAUUGAACAAAAUGGCAUGAAUUACAAGAAUUUCAAUGGAGCCUCAGGCCUAUAUUUUAUCUCUGAGAAGGUGUCCAUCCAUCAAAGACAUGCCCUGAAAUCUAACUAAAUCUGUUCAUGCCAGAUUUGGUUUGCCUACAUAAAAGCAAAUGUGCUUUGUUUUAUGUUUGUCUUUUUGUGUUCCUUGCUAUCUCAAGGCACCUUGUUUAAAUUCGCUUUAAGGAAUGUUCAUUUAUAGCCUUUGAAGUAAAGCACACAUGUGAGGUGGCCAGAUGGUCAGAAAUUCAGGGGAAACAAGGCACAGUGUCUCCCAAAAAACGCUGCAUCUGGUAAGGCAAUGGGAAAUGAAACAUCAUCCAUUCAGAAGUUAUAAAUCAGGUAGAUAAUGUCAUUAAAAGGCAGGCCUUACGUAUCCUCCAGGGCUACGCAAGUGUGGCAGUCUGACAGCUUUAAAUUUAGCUGUGAUCAAUUAUUCUUUGCAUGACUCUAGCUAUGCCAGCAGUAUACUGCGACGCAUGAUUGAUUGGAUUUAGAACUUGUUGUUGCCACAUCAUAAAAAAAAGCUUAAAUUAAAAUUGAUCAGGCGGUGAAGGGGCUCAUAUUUUGUGCAAUGCUCAACAUUCCACAAUGCAGCUAUUAAUACAGAGGACAUUUCAUAGUGACAAAGCAUUGAGACUCUAUGUUCCUUCGCACUUUCAAGACUUAUUACUCGAGUUUAAAGACAGACAGGCGACAGACAAAUUCACUGAUUGUCUUUGUAUGAAGGGCUUAUUAAUAACAGAGAUUUUAGUUUGUGUUUUUAUAUUGUAGAUGCAGGCAGAUUCUAGUUCCAUCCUGGAGAGAAGAGAUUAUACACUUAGUUUCCCUUCACAGGUUGUGCAUUAGUCAUACAUGACAUUUAUGGAGCACAAUUAGCUCCCUGUAAUGGCUUUUUUUUUUUAGAUGUAAUGUCUACUCUCUGGAGCAUAGCCUUAAAAUAGCACAACCACAUUAAUUUCACUAAUAAGCCACUUUUGUUUGUCGCUAGUUGCUGUCAAACCCUACAAGUAAACAAUCCAUUUAGACAUGCUCGGCUCUGUGAACAUUUUAAAACAACCAUGUAAGUCGGUUCUGCUGUGCUAAUGAAGAGUGAAUAUUGCCCGUAAUCUCCACGCGGAGAAUUUUCCAGUGUGCUUUGCUCAAAUAAAACUGCAGCUCCCAAGACUUUUCUUUGAAUGUUAUUUUUGGCUGCCUGUAUGAAUAAACAUUGAGGCAGUCAGAUAAUGAUAAGCUGAAUGCCGAUUGAUUUUGUUUGGGGCCCCAAGAAUCACCUCAUUAAGUUUCUGGUCAUCUGAAAAGCUGAUCAUUACACUGUAUAUGUUUGACCUCUGAUCCCUUCUGACCACAUGUUCCAGUGGUAACUCAUGAGCUACUGAUUCCACGUCAGUGUACACACACCAAGACCAUCGCUGUAACUAUACUGAAAGACUCUGUACGUCCGCUUUCAUCUCUUGGAGAUCGUUUUAUUGCUGAUAACGAUGAACAUGCCUAGUGUUAUGUAGCGUGUCAUUCAAAAUGCUGUGUUUUUAUCUGGCUUCUUUGGCAACCUGGUAUUGUGCAAUGUGUUACAACAGUACGUGGGUUUCCAUGCUGUUGGUAUUUCCUUCUCGAGUAUGUUAAUGUGAACAUCCACGCAACAAAGACGUUUUCUGAAUGCAUUCCUCAAUGCCAGGGUGAUAGUGCUCUCUUUGUGUCGUGCCCUUAAGCCGAAUUAAAGAAGAUUAAAUUUUUUCAUUAUCUUUUGGGGAUUUUUUUGUGUGAAGGCAACAUGUACAUAUUGCAAAUAAAGACAUGUUCAAAUGUAAUGACAAAUAAAUCAGAAAGGAAAGAUGUCCUUUCUUAAA